AUGGACCGUGGCUCCAGACAUGGACCUACACCUAUCGAGGCGGAGGCUUCGGGACCCGAGUCCUCUCCGUCGUCCGCAUCAUCCCGAUCCGAAGAUCGGCGAGGAGAGCUCAGCCCUUCCUCGUCCUCCGCGCCGUUUCGUCGAGUGUCUUCGCAGCGAGCAUCUCGGGCGACGACUCCGACCAGCACGGGAAGGUUGGUCUCCGGCCAUCUGUCUUCGGACUUCGACGAGCAGCUCUUCAAACCGGAGCUCUACGAGUUGGAAUCCGAGAAUGAUGCCCAGGCGCAGCAGCUUCUGCCCUAUCCCACCUGGUCGCCGGAAGCGCACCGGGAGGAUAUGAGACUGCCAGGUGCUCUGGGCUUCAUCCAGUCCGAUUGGUUUCUCGUGCUGUCCGGCUUGGUGGUUGCCUUCAACAUCAUGUGCCUCUACAUCCAGGUUGCGUGUGAUGUGACUGACGAGGAUGCGAAGGUCCUCGACAACGUAAACGACACUUGCCUGGUGCUGUACACCAUCGAGGUCGUGAUGCGACUGCUUCAUUUUCGAUUGCGAUUCUGCGCCCAUGCUGUCGAUGGCAUGUGGAAUCUCUUCGAUUUCGUUAUUGUUUGUGCGGGCGUAUUCGACCGCUGGAUAUUUCCAUCAUUGAAUGCUCAUAUUGGAGUCAAGUCACAGGCCAGCGUCUGGCUGCCGGUCUUGCGAGGCAUCCGAGUGCUUAGGUUCAUCCGCGUGGUGAAGCUCGUUGGGGUGCUUUUUCGCUCAGAUCUUCGGUGGACCGAGGGCGUGGCCUUCGCUUCAGUGGUCUCUGCAGUGAUCAUCACCAGUGUGAUCCUGAUGGGCCUGGAGACUGACAUCCAGUCUCCGCUUUGGGAACCCAUAAACGACUUGGUUCUGUUGUUCUUCCUUUUUGAACUGGCUGUCAACAUCCGAAAGCAGGGCUGGCUUCACUUCUUCACGUCUGAGGACCACGUUUGGAAUUGGCUGGACAUGAUCAUCGUGGUCUUGGGCACCCUCGACCAAUGGGUCAUCAAGAUCGUUUUCAUUGCGGUGUAUGGUCGAGAUCAAAGUCAUGAGCUGGGGAGCUCGCUCAUGCUCUUUCGCUUGCUGCGAAUGCUCAGGAUCUUGCGAGUUCUCAGACUCGUGAAGGCAGUUCAGCCGCUCUAUUUGCUGGCCCUCGGCAUUGCUGAGGCUGUUCAAAGCAUGUUCUGGGUUCUGCUCCUUACAAUGGUGGCGCUCUAUGCGUCAGCAAUUGUGAUCACGCGUAUUGUCCGCGAGACCCACAUAGAGGAUGUGCCAGACGCUGCAAAAGCCAAUUUUCAGAAUGUGCCUGACUCCAUGUUCACGCUCUUCGUCCUGAUGAAUGGUGAGGAGUGGCCUGAUGUGAUGCCUCUCUUGGAUGCGUGUCCAAGUCUCAAGUUCAUGUUUGUCCUUUUCAUUAUCAUCUCAACGUGGGCUUUGCUGUCGGUGAUGACCGGUGUGGUCAGCGACAACAUGAUCUAUGCCAGGGAGGCGCAGUCUCAGAAGGACGAUGCUCUGCAAGGGGAACGGCGAGCGAAGGUUCAGAAGGCCCUGAACGACGUUUUCUUUGCAUCGCAUGGCCUCUCCACUGACAAAAGGCUUGCAGCCAGAGACUGGCAAGACGUUUUGAAGGUUCCGUUUUAUGCGAAGAAGAUCAUGGAUGUCGUGCCCUCGGUCCCAAAGAAGGAUCUGUUGGACAUGUUCGACUGGCUGGAAGCAGAUGAGUCGGACUCCAAAGUCAGCUUCCAGGAGGUGUUGCGGGGAGUGAUGACUUUGGCCGAGCCGCCGAGUGGCAAGACCCUGCUCCAGGUCGACUCAGAAGUCAAGCAGCGGUUCUCUCGACUGCAGCAGCAGGGCAUGAACGUGGAAGACACCAUCGCAGAGCUCGAUGAGAAGGUGAGGGCAUCAUUUGUGACUAUGCAAGCUAUGAUGGAUGAGCUAUAUGAGCUUUCUGGGGCACCUUACUUGGGUCCGUCUGCUCUCACUCCUGAAAGCAUGUACCAUAAGACGUCGCCUGAUGACCCGCAUCACGAAAUUGGCACGUCGGUGGAGGGCAUCGUUCCGCCUGAGCCGAUGGAUCCACAGGACUCGGCCGUUGCCAAGGAGGAGGAGGAGGGCUCGGAGGAAGACGAAGAUUCCGAAGAGGAAUACGACAGAAGGGAGGGCUUGUGGCCGCUCGAGAAGUUGAAGGCCCAGCUCGAGGCUUUCUCCGUGGCGCGAGGGGUCGCGGUAAGAGGCGGCAGCACAUCUGCCAGUCGAAAAUUGGCAGUCCUGCUGACGACCGGUGCCAUGAACCCCCCACAUCUGGGGCACACGGAGCUGGUGCAAAAGGCUGCUGAGCGGCUGAGGAGAGAAGGUUUCGAAGUCGCCGGAGCCUUUAUCUCACCAUCCCAUGAUGGCUAUGUGCAGCCCAAGGCUCAAAAGUUGGGAACGAUAGGGCUCUCGUCACCUUUCCGCUUGGAGGCUGCGAGAAGAGCCGUGCGAAGUGACGAGCUUCUGGACGUUGCUAGUUGGGAGGCACAGAAGCCGGGACGCUGGCCAGACUUUCCGGAGGUCGCUGUGGCAUUGCAGAGAAAGCUGGAAAGUACGGAAAAGGCAUGGAAUCUGGACCAGAGCUUCAAGGUCUUCUAUGCAUGUGGAACGGAUCAUGCCAAAAGCAAUGGCCUCUACAAAGGCCUUCUGCCGGAGAGGGGGCUAGGUGUGGUCGUGGUCCCCCGUGCUGGUGAUUCUGCGGAAGCGGAAGUGCCAGAGAAGUCUGUCUACGUGGCAGAGGGCAUCUUGGGAGAGGGAUCGUCUUUCAGCUCCACCAUGCUGAGAACCGCGUUCAAGUCACGGAGAGCCACUCCGGUGGUGAAGAAGACGGUCGCCGACGAGGCUGCCUCCUUCCUUCUUCGACCCACACGCGAGGAGUUCUUGAUGUUUCCGGAGGACUUCGCCAAACUCGGCAUAGCCGGACUCCUAGCGCCAGCGGCUGGGGCUGGUUUGCAGUUCUUUACGCCAGGCGCGGCGCAACCUCAGGGGCCUGGCAUUGGCGCUCCCCCGCAGCCGGGGCCUGCUCCAGGCCAGGCUGUGCGAGCACCUGUUGGUGGGCAGAUGGGAGAGAUGAGUGGCCAGAUGGGCCCCGGCCAGAUGGGCCCCGGCCCAAUGGGCCCUGGUGCGAUGGGUCCGGGGCCGGGCCAGAUGGGUCCGGGGCAGAUGGCUGGCCAGAUAGGAGGACAGAUAGGGGGCCAGAUGGCACCUGGAAACUUUCCGCCACCAGCCGUAAAUAGCUACGACGACGACAUCGAAAACGAACCGCCUCUCCUCGAGGAGCUCGGCAUCAACGUUGAGCAUAUCCUCCUUAGAAUGCAAGGGGUCGCGUUCUUCAAGAAGCUGGACGAGGAGAUUCUCAAAGAUGCAGAUCUGAGCGGACCAUUGCUCAUUUGCCUAACAUUGGGCAUGGCACUCCUGCUUGUGGGCAAGCUUCAGUUCGGGUAUGUCUACGGUUUGAUUGCUGGUGGCUCCUUCGGCAUUUGCUGCCUUAUAAAUGUGAUGAGCCAGAAGGAAGGCAUCGACCUUUACAGAACAAUUAGCAUCCUUGGCUAUGGGCUGAUACCGAUUGUUUUCCUCGCGCUCUUUGGAAUUCUGGUUUCCCUGAAGUCCACCUUUGGUUCCAUCAUGGCCGCAGUUUGCAUAGCAUGGGCAACUGCGUCGUCCUCGAGAUUCUUCGCGAUUGCGAUACAUAUGCAGGACCAGAGGUGGCUGGUCGCUUAUCCUGUUGGUUUGGUGUACACAUUCUUCACUCUGAUCACCAUUUUUUGA